AUGAUCAUGAUCGCCGACACCGUCACUGUUAUCGCCGCCAAAAGCAUCUGUAUCCUCCGUGGCUAUCAAUUCUCCGUCACCGAUUCAUCUCCCGAACAGAUCUCAGCUAUGAUACACCCUUGCGAUGCGGUGGCGCCACCGCCGGUGAAACCUAGUACACAUAGGACAUCGAGGAGGACGCUUACCCGGAGAAGACGACGAACUAGACGGAAGUUGUCGGGCGAUGAUUCGGGAGGGGAGGGGUUAUUCUUUGGCGGUGAAGGCGAUGGUGUUUUUGGAGGUGGAAGUGGAGGUUUUGGUGGUGGUGGUGGUGGAGGUGGUGGUGAUUGGAAUUUUAAUAGAUUUGGAGAGGGAGAUAAUUGGGAUGAACGUUCGUCAUUGCCGGAUCCGGCGUUCGAUUUCGUUUAUCAGGUGUUGUCUUGGAUUAUGCUAUCGAAUUGUUUGCAUUUUGCUUUCAAGAAAAUUGUUAGAAUUAUUACGGAUGGAUCUAUUGUUGAUUCCGAUAGAGAAAAAGUUCCUACCAGAUUGACUCCUAUUUGCUGA